CUCUCUCACCUAUAUAUACACACUCCCGCAGACAUGCUCAUUUUUUCUCUUCUUCUUUCUCUCUCCUGUCUCCUCGUCGACUACUGGCCGGCGAAACCGUCGCCUUCCGUCCGACCAACUCGCCGGAGAAUCCCACCAUCCGCCAUUUGAGCUCUGCAAGAGUUGAGAAGUAUGGAUAGCACUAAGGAUUUUGGACUCAGGAAUGUGAGUUCCCAUUGCUCGAUCUCUGAAAUGGAUGAUUAUGAUCUCUCGAAACUUCUCGAUAAACCGAGGUUAAACAUCGAGAGGAAGAGAUCGUUUGACGAGAGGUCACUUAGUGAGUUGUCAGUUGCCUUAGCAAGAGGCCUAGAGUACCUUGAUCACACAUACUCACCUGGGGGAAGGUCGGGAUUUGAUACCCCAGCUUCAUCAACUCGGAACUCUUUCGAGCCCCAUCCAAUGGUUGCUGAUGCUUGGGAAGCUCUCCGCCGAUCUUUGGUAUUCUUCAGGGGCCAACCUGUUGGCACGAUUGCUGCAUAUGACCAUGCUUCAGAGGAAGUUCUAAAUUAUGAUCAGGUUUUCGUCCGAGAUUUUGUACCUAGUGCUCUGGCUUUUUUAAUGAAUGGUGAGCCCGAUAUAGUUAAGAACUUCCUAUUGAAGACACUUCAGCUUCAAGGGUGGGAAAAAAGAAUAGAUAGAUUCAAGCUAGGGGAAGGGGCAAUGCCAGCUAGCUUUAAAGUUCUUCAUGACCCUGUUCGUAAAUCUGAUACUAUAAUAGCGGAUUUUGGUGAGAGUGCAAUUGGAAGAGUUGCUCCUGUUGACUCUGGUUUCUGGUGGAUUAUUCUCCUCCGUGCGUAUACAAAGUCUACCGGAGAUUUAACUCUGGCAGAAACACCAGAGUGCCAAAAGGGGAUGAGGCUUAUACUGAGCCUGUGUCUGUCAGAGGGAUUUGAUACAUUUCCAACUCUGCUGUGUGCCGAUGGAUGCUCAAUGAUUGAUCGAAGAAUGGGUAUAUAUGGUUAUCCCAUUGAAAUACAAGCACUUUUCUUUAUGGCAUUGAGGUCUGCUUUGGCGAUGCUGAAACAUGAUACAGAAGGGAAAGAAUUUGUGGAGAGAAUAGUAAAGCGCUUGCACGCCUUAAGUUAUCACAUGCGAAGUUAUUUUUGGCUUGAUUUCCAACAAUUAAAUGACAUAUAUCGGUAUAAAACAGAGGAGUAUUCUCACACUGCAGUAAAUAAAUUUAAUGUUAUCCCUGAUUCAAUCCCAGAAUGGGUAUUUGAUUUUAUGCCAAUGCGUGGUGGCUACUUUAUUGGCAAUGUCAGUCCUGCAAGGAUGGAUUUUCGAUGGUUUGCUUUAGGUAAUUGUGUUGCUAUCUUAUCUUCACUUGCUACUCCUGAGCAAUCUGCUGCUAUUAUGGAUCUCAUUGAAGAGCGCUGGGAGGAACUGGUAGGAGAAAUGCCUUUAAAAAUAUGUUAUCCUGCAAUUGAAAGUCAUGAAUGGCGAAUUGUAACUGGCUGUGAUCCAAAGAAUACUAGAUGGAGUUACCAUAAUGGCGGAUCCUGGCCAGUGCUUUUGUGGAUGCUAACGGCUGCUUGCAUCAAAACGGGACGACCACAAAUGGCAAGACGAUUAAUUGAUCUUGCAGAGAGUCGUCUGCUCAAAGACGGGUGGCCAGAAUAUUAUGAUGGGAAAUUGGGGAGAUAUGUUGGUAAACAAGCAAGGAAAUAUCAGACGUGGUCAAUCGCGGGAUAUUUGGUAGCAAAGAUGUUGUUGGAGGAUCCCUCACACUUGGGGAUGAUUUCCCUCGAAGAGGACAAGCAAAUGAAGCCUCUAAUUAAGAGAUCGUCCUCCUGGACAUGCUGAGGAGCUCAUGCAGCCAGGAGAAGAUAGCACGGAAAGAGUACAGAUAAACACGAAUGUGAGGGACCUCGUUGUUUCAUUUGAAGAACACUAUUCUGCGGCAAUUUCUGUCCUUGGAGGUGAUUGGAAUUUCGUUUUUGUGUACACUGCAAUCUGCUGAGACUAGCCUCUUUGUUUCUCCAAUAAAAGAUACAUUUUGAUAUUUGUUCUUCAAUUCUUGAAAGGCAAUUUGGAGACUGGUAUGCUCUAACAUACCCCAAAAAAAAAAAAAAAAAAAGAAAAAAAAAAUUGGAAAUGGUAUGCCUUGAAUGUUUGGAAAUGGACUGUGAUGAACUUUCAAAGUAAUAUAUCGACUCUUUUUGGGUUCAAA